AUGACGGAGCUUUCCCUGUUCUGGGACCCAGACGAUGACCUCGAAGACGUCAGACAGUAUGCGCCGGGAGGCUACCAUCCUGUUCGUCUUGGAGAUAUCAUGCCCCCACAGCGAAUAAACUCACAAACGCAAUAUCGCAUCUUACACAAGCUUGGUCAUGGCGCUUUCGCGACGGUAUGGCUCGCCGAAACUCUACACCGGUCGUCGACGUCAUCAAGCACACGCUAUGUAGCGUUGAAAAUAUGCGCUGCACGCGCAGACCCCCAGCAUGAGCUGGACGUCUUUGCCAGACUUCCUACGGACGAGUCGCCCAAUGUCGUGCAGCUCCUCGACGGCUUUACGCUGCAAGGGCCGAACGGUAGACAUGCCGUACUCGUUCACAACGUUUUGGGAAGCUUAAAAGAUGCUGUAUGUUUGCCUGCUGGGCGGAAGCAAGUCAAAAAUUUAUGCCGACAGAUUGCUGAUGGUCUUGCUAUCAUACACCGCCAUGGCAUCGCGCAUGGAGAUAUACAUUCUAGUAACAUCGGCAUCGCCCUGCCUUCUCUCGAUGACCAUCCUUCGAGAGACAUCCUUGAUUAUUUCGGCAAUCCGGAAUGCACGAUUGUGCUCCCGACGAGGCCGCACUCGAACCCUGACUCACUGCCCCCGUACCUCGUGCGACCCAUAUCAAUCCUUGAUUAUCUGUUGAGAAACGACUCCUCGUUCGCCGAGACGCCGUUCCGCGCGCAAGUUGCUGAUUUUGGUAACGCGAUACUAGUAGCAAGCGAGCAGCCGCGUCCAUCAUGUACACCCGUAGCAGUGUGCGCACCUGAACUUCUCUUCGAGCGCGUCAUCUACGAGAUUGUCUUCGGGUCGACGCUCUUCCGUUUAGCAUCUGCCAACGACGUGACACUGGGUAAAAUGGCCACACUUUGCGGCGAAGUUCCGUCUUCGUGGCGUAGCUACUGGGAUUCGUGCGAGUCUCUAAAAAAACUCGGCAUAUCUCAAGAGACCGCAGAUGCAGAGUGGGCGCAGCGCAUAGAGCACUAUGCAGAGAACGUGCCGAAGAUAGUAGAUGACAGUACCGCAAGCAGUGAUGCUGCGCGACUUGUCUCAUUGCUUCGCUCCAUGCUGAAGAUGGAACCAUGCGCACGACCGAGUGUUGAAGAGGUACUGCUACAUCCUUGGCUCGCCUUGCAAGAGGAUGCUGCUGGGUAACGCGCCGUGCUCUGAGGUGCUCAUGAUCGUACGGCCGUCCAUAUCCGAUCCUGUUUCGGCCGUCCCAUACUGUAUAGACAAACAUCUCCCUCUUCACGUGGUUCAGUCUUACAGAAACAUGUUUGCAUAUUAUGCCACCGAUCGAGGCGCCUAGUGUUUU